CUUUAGCGAGACCAGGCAGGAAACACAGGGAGAAGACUCAAAAACCUAGUGAGGAACCAAGAGAAAAAUACACAACUUAAAUACACUGGGGAAACAAGGCACAGGUGACCUGGAUGAUGCUAACAAGGCCACACGAGGAAGAACUAAGGCAGAGGAGAAACCAGGGGACCUCUAGAGGCAUGGAGACAAACUACAGGAGGUAGGAUGCUGACACCCAGUAACUUUGUUUUGGCUUCCUCAUUCUACCGGAUGAGAUUUAAGAUGAUGCCCAACAGCAGUAAUGGGAAGAAUUUGGAUCUCUCCAGGCUGACAGAUGACGAAGCCAAGCAUGUCUGGCAGGUGAUCCAGAGAGAUUUCCACCUGCGAAAGAAAGAAGAGAAUAGACUAGGGGAACUCAAGACCAAAAUAAUGAAAGAGGACACCAAGAGAGAGCUACUGGAAUAUCAGCCUAAACUCAGUGAUUCCCUCUGUAUCCGCUGUCUGCAGCCCUUCAAAUUCCUUGUCAACAGGAAGCGCCAGUGUCUGGAUUGCAAGCUAUUUGUCUGCAAGUCCUGCAGCCGUUUUAAUAAGAAGGACCAUGGCUGGGUUUGUAAUCCAUGCCACAUGGCCAGAAUCCUUAAGAUUGGGACUCUGGAGUGGUUUCAUGAGAAUGUACGCUCUCGUUUCAAGCGGUUUGGCAGCGCAAAGGUCAUGAAUUCACUUUUCAAAAGGCUGAACAGUGACCGUGCCUGUUCUCAAACUGACCUCAGAGAGCCUCGAGAUGAUGACACGCACAGCAUGCCUGAAGUUCACACUGGUUCUCUGUAUAGCCAGGAAGAUGAGCAGUCUGAGAGGGUCGAUGGACGCCACUUCAGCCUGAUGAGAAAAGGCAGAUGGCUACUCCCUGUUGAUCCUCUUGAUUUUAAUCUUGGCAUUGAGAACUCUGCUUAUUCUCGACCUCCCUUACUUCUGUAUUCAGGUAGCCAAGAGAAAGUUCCCCAGAGUAAGGACUCAGUAACCGAAGACGACUGGUCCACAACCUUUAAGCAGAUCCUGGAGAAUGGAACUCACGAUAAAGGUGAUGAGAUGAAGGACAUGUUGCAAAUCAGCCAGAGAAAUCUGGACAAACCCUCUCAUUUUGAUGACUGUACACUACUUCUAGAACAGAGGAUGACAAAAUCUCGUUCCCUCUCCAAGAUGAGCAUCUCUUCAGCUGGCAGCUCUAAUUAUCACCUCCACCGCGAGCCUUCUUACAGCCUGGAAGAUUCAGAGGAUGAUGAUGAUGAUGAAUCUGAGAUACAUGUCAUUUAUAGUCCUGCCCCACAUAGGGAGCACUCACCAGAUGAGGUUCCUCCACAGAUUAUUGAGCUCAACAAGCGCAUGUCAGCAAUUGAGACUCUUCUGAGCCGUUUGGAGCAGAAACUGACCUUACCAGUAACUGGGGCAGAACAAGUUGAGCAGAAAGAGGAGGAUCUGUCUCCAGCUGACUUAGAGGAGCUUGAGCUCCGGAAAAAGCUUGAUGAACUUACUGAAAAAAUAAGUGACAAAGGCUCAUCUGAUGAGGAGGAUGCAAUGAAACCUUCAGAGAACUCUCCAAAGAAAGGAGCAGUUUAUUAUGCUCCAGCUAUGAGAGGAGAUUCAGCUGGACUUGAGAAUGUCAGACACGAAUGGCCUCUUGAGGUUGAGUGGAAAGCAAAGCCAACUGUACCUAAAUCCUUAAAGAAGCAGAAGAGGGUGAGGUCCUUUGAGUUUAGCAACACAACCAGCUGUGAGUUGUCGCAACUGGAGGGUAAAGUUGCACGGGCAGUGGCCAGCGUCCAGAGCACUCAAAGUGGAGUUACAGAUAUUCAGAAAAGAAUCGCUGCUUUGAGUGCUGCAGGGAUGACGGUGGAGACGUCCCGCAGACGGACUCCUCGGCCAUCAAGAACAUUGCAUGAAUUUCCAAUUAGAGGCAGCAAUGAAGCAAGAUCUUUACGGAAGCUGACUUCAGCAAGCUAGCGCUCAUUCACAUAUUUUUAGAAGUCCAUGAUGGUAUACAAACUCAUAGAACAUUGACGGAUUCACAUAAAGCAUAUUUCAUAUGUUAAUAAAAUCAGCUGCAAGGGUUUGUGGAAUUCCCAUCUUAAUAAUAUAUAAUUAAUACUUGCUUUAAUCUUUCAGUAGAUGAGUGUGUUUUUCUGAUAAAUGAGAGGCUCACCUUUUUUUAGAAUCGAAAAUUUCUAUU